AUGAAGGGUUCAACUUUAAACUUCAAACUUGUUGACACCGAAACAGCCGUAAGAUCAGCUCAUCAUCAUGCGUUUCCGGAUCUAACCGGAUUUCCGAUGGAUAUAUUUUUUAAUGUUCAUAUGUAUAUGGCUAUGGCUAUGGCUAUGGAUAUGGCUAUGGCUAUGGCUAUGGAUAUGGAUAUGGAUAUGGAUAUGGAUAUGGAUAUGGACAUGUAUUAUAGAUAA